UGCAGCGGCUCGCCUGCAGUCACUGCGCCAGGAAUCAAACCUUCCAAAAUCCUCCAAUCUAUUGCUGCGAUUCCACUGACCGCAAGAAGAGCAGCGGACGAGCCUGCCGUUCCGCGCGGUGCAUCUCUCUCGUGCGGACGGUCAGUCUCGCGCUUCCACUGACCUUUCGGUUUUUUUUUUUAAUUCCCGUGAUUAAUUCCUGCUAGUGCGUCUAGUCGGUAGCGCACGCCGAGGUCAGUAAGUCGCAUGCGAUGCACAUGCGAGCGAACUGAAACACUGACGCGAUAAUUUCCCACUGCGAUCGUUUAAAGCCGCGGAGAUGCCAGUCUCGUCUUUCCAGUGCCUGAUGUUUGGUUCAGUUCUUCUGGUUUUGGUGUGUGCUGAGGUUAUGAGUGCUGGUCCAGCGCUCCUACCCAAUCCUCUCCGCUCCCACGGGCCAGUUCUGGAUGUUCCCGUAGGCUUUGAUGAACACGAUGAGGUCUCGAGAGAACCCAGGCCUGGCUUCAUGGAGAGUUCUCAGGAGAGCUCCGGGUUCGAAGACAGCGAGGACGGCAAGAAUGCUCAUAUCGAGACCAAAGACACCAGCGUUGACCCAAGUGCCACGAAUGAACGCUGUCUGAUGCCCAAGAAGGUGGGACCUUGCCGCGGAGCCUUCCCUCGCUGGCACUUUAACCCCGUCACUAAGAAGUGCGAAAACUUCAUAUUCGGGGGCUGCAGAGAAAAUCGCAAUAACUUCCUGUCACUGGAGGAGUGCGCCAAAGCUUGCCACGCGGUCCCCGAUUACAGCCCUUCGUCCACAGAACCGCCAUCUUUGCCCCUUUCUCUGAGCCAAAAGCCCACUGAGACGAAUAUCUCUUCCUUAUUUUUCGUCACUACAACUGAGUCCAUCGACCCGGAGCAGUGGAAGAGUGAUUCUGAAUCGAGCGGCUUCCCUCUCCACCCCUCCUCCGGGCCGCCAAUCGCAGCUGCUGAAGACCACGCCCCCUCCACAGCCACGCCUCCCGACCUUGGACUCGCCCCUCAGAAUCAGCUAGAGGCCACAGCUGGGCCUGACAGGCGCCUGACGUCUGGCGACCCGUUCGAUGACGAGAGGAGCCGCGCCGUAACGCAAGCCCCCACGGCUCCCGAAAUCGGGCCCCUGCCGAGCCGGGAGCCCCUGCAGCCCGACGAACCGCACCGAGAUGAUUCUGAGGAAGACGAGGACGAGGAAGAGGUAGUGGCGUUUCCCACCGAACCGGAUGACGAGGAAGAGGACGAAUGGCGGUACCUCACGCCGCUCACAACCGGACCCUCGUCCUCGCCCGCCUCAGAUCUGCCGCCCGUGGUCUUCACUGAAACCGCUUGGCAGGGGGCGCCGCUCACCACAACGGAGGACGAGGAGGGGGCGGAGCUUCGACACGACGGAACCGAAUACCUCGCCGAAACGGAGCUGCACGACUCGGAGCUAUCCCAGGAGGCCGAGCAGGUGAUCUGCGUCGACUGGAGCAACCUCGCAGGAAAGGGCUACGUUAUACUCAACAUGACGGACAACUUUGACUGCGACGAUUUUCGCAUGGAGAGCGGCGACAGACUCCUGGAAAUGCUGGAAAACACUUUCUCCAGGAAGAUGAACAUCCCACAAGGCUCCUGGCUCAUCUUCCUCAGUAAACCCACACAGCAGGACCACCAGCUCCUGAUGGCCUUGGCCAGCGAGCAGGAAAUUAUCCCUCCAAAAGACGUCCUGUCAAUGUUAGGAGAAAUCAGAAGAGGCCUAUAUGAGAUCGGAAUUCAGAACUACUCGACGGUGAACACAUGUCACUCGAGGCCCAGUCAGACGCGUAGCGACUACGGCAAGCUGUUCGUGGUUCUGGUGAUCAUCGGGUCGGUUUGCGUGCUCAUUAUUGCUUCUGGGAUCAUCUACAUCUGCUGGCAGCGUCGUUUACCCAAACUGAAGAACAUGUCGCGAGGCGAAGAGCUGAACUUCGUGGAGAACGGUUGCCAUGACAACCCCACGCUGGACGUGACGAGCGACGGCCAAUCGGAGAUGCAGGAGAAGAAACACAGCGCCAAUGGGGUGGCGGCGGGCGGGGACGGCGGAAGCGGUUGGCAGGUGCUCGUCAAUAAACCCGGGAAAGACGAGGAAGACAACCAAGAGGAAGACACGCACCUUUAAUCCCGGGAAAACAACCCGGGGAAAAAAAAAAAACGGCAUGGGAAAGCAGUAUCGCAUUACAGACUACGAAGGCACAAAACAUUUUCAAGCUUUUUCGAAACAUCUGCUGUAUAAAAUGUGACGUAUUUUGGCUUGUAUGACGUUUUUCCUUUUUUUUUUGCAUUACUAAAUUCAGACGGACUCAAAAAGCGCUUUACUAUGCGGCUUGUACGAUACGGAACCGUUUUCAGUGCAUAUUAUUUUAUUGAAAUCGAAUGUGUCAAACAAUCAGCGAGGCGUUUUAUGAGUUAAAGACCAGUUUCUGGGGGAAAUAGUUUCUUGCACUGUUAAAAGCAAUAGGUCAACCCAAAACGUGAUGUCGUUUCUCACACACGCACGUCGUUCCAGAAUUUCUGAUCAUUUUUCUUUGGAACAAAAACAAAUCAAGUUUGUUUCCAUACAAACAGUUCGUGACCACCACUAAAGUUUUUUUUGGACUGAUAACCAAUGAUAGAACCCCUACGCCAUCUUCUGUUUUUUUAAGCUUUGAGUAAAUAUUCAAAUCGUUUCAUGGAAAAAUACAGGUUUGAAACGGCGUAGGUUGUUAAAUGACAAAAUUGUGGGGUUGAGUUACAAGAAAAAGCAUUAGUGUACUUAAAGACAGAGAGAGAGAGAUUGUACCAAGGUGGUUUUUUUUUUUUGAUGUCGUUUUCUUGAAGAUGUAGGCACGGUGCAUCUCUAAUACACUAUAAUCAGUCAUUCUCGGUUUUUGCGUAUUUCAAUGCAAGUAUUUACAGUUAAGCAGGCUGCAUAUUGUGUUUUUACAUGCUGAAUGCUGGAUGGACGCCUACCUGCCUUGCUCCUUUGUGCAUUGGAAUGGCUGCUCUGUGCUGGAUUAUGUCGCUUUUAAUUUUAUAUAUACACAUAUAUAAGUAUAUAUAUGUAUAUUGCACCUUUAACGUUGCUCAGCACCAACGGCCUCCAAAGCGUAGAGAUUCUCUUCACAAACGAAUCUUUACUAUAGAAAUGUGUCGAAUGGAGCUAGGUAACGAUUUGUUUAACGUUUUCAGUGCAUUGAAGUCGUUCGAUCUUCUCAACGCAAAGCAAACGAUGAUCACAAUCAAAAAAAACGACAAAAACGUGUCAAAUUAGCUUUCAUAGUGUUUUUGGUACAAUCUGCGUGUCAAAGAACAGUCAGCUUUUUUAAUUCAUUUCAAGUGCAUGAAACCAUGUAGUAUAAGCCUAUGCACAUGUCAGGGGUCAACCGAUUGUACACACUUUUAGCAAACGCGAAACGUUCAUGUUUAACAGAUUUAAAUGGUUAGUACUUCAGAACGCUCUAUAUAACGCACAUGCAUUUUUUUGGGGUUCGUUUAUAAAGCCUUGACGUAGGAGAGUUUGACGCCAGUGUAGAACGCUGUUGAACGCUUCUGUUUUGUACCUUUGUGUCCUGGUACGAGAGCUAUUAGCAAAUUUGCACUUUUUCCAUUUUGAUUUUGUACCUCAAACCGCUUUAUGUAUCUGAUUGUAAAGGAGAUUUAGGUCUAGUUGUUUUCUGGUAAUUUUAUGUUAUCUCACCUCUUAAAAAAAAUAAAUGUUUUGAGAAGUCU